AUGAGUCUCGCCCAGCUCCAGUCAGAACGCGCCGACUAUGAGCGCAACCUUGUCGAAGUCGAGCAGAUGCUCGCCGAGGUGCCCGAUAUGGAAGACGCCCUCGCCAUGAAAGCAGAGAUCGUCGCCAUGCUCCAAGACGUUGACUCCAAAAUCGCCGCUCUCAAACCAGAACCGCCUGCCAGCAAACCGGAAUCUGCCCAACCCAGCGAGAAAUGGAGCAAGGAAAACCACCCGGCAUUCCGCAAGCAGGCAACAACACCCGCUCCUGCAGUCGAAGAGAAGAAAGCCCCCAUUUCGUUCAAGGUCAACGACACCGUACUGGCAAAAUAUGCAGGCGACAAGCAGUUCUACGAAGCUCGUAUCAUUUCCGUCACUGGCUCUUCGGCCGCUCCUAUUUAUACUGUCAACUUCAAGGGCUACUCGGGCACUGAAACAUUGCGUCAAGAACACUUGCGCCCUCUUCCAUCGGCUUCAUCUUCGACUUCUCAGAAGCGCAAGGCUGAUGGCUCUCCUGCAGUCUCCGUACCGUCUACACCCACAGUCAGCACGCCGAUCCCCGGCGUCAUCUCUGCCGAGGCCAACAUCAAUCCUGCCUUAGCAAGCGCUGCAAAGAAGGAUCAGGUUAAGCCCCUCGACGGUGACAAGAAGCCUCCGAAGAAGGUGAAGACCUCCAAGGCACUCGAGAACAGUAAGAACAACUGGAAGUCCUGGCAAUCAAAGGCAUCCACAGGUAAAGCCGCCAAGGUUACACAGAAAGAGAGCAUGUUCCGCACAGGUGAAGCUCCUACAGCAAGAGUGGGCUUCACAGGCUCUGGCCAGACCAUGCGUAAGGAUGUCGAGCGUACCCGUCACAACUACACUCUUGACUGA